AUGACUGGCAAUAAAAAGAAAGAAAAGGAACAAACUAAGUCGAAGAAAAAGAAAUCAAAACAUCACCAAUUUCGAUACAAGUACGACCAGAAGAAUGUUAUUAACGGUCUCAAAGCUUUGGAGAGGGGAGUGUCGAGUAGAGAAGCUGCAGCACAAUUCGGUAUCCCAAGGAGUACUUUGUAUAAAAAGUUCACCAAGGCACGUCCUGUUGAAGCUCGGAAAGGACCAGCAACUAUUCUCACGACAGAAGAAGAGGAUUUAUUAUGCCAGUGGGUUCUGUUUUGCUCUGAGAGUGGAUAUCCUGUAACCAAGGCAAUGUUGUUGACAUCAGUGCAAAAAUUAGUAAAAGAGUUGGACAGAAAAACUCCGUUUAAAAACAACAAGCCUGGUCGUCAUUGGUAUGACGGAUUCUGCCGACGUCACCCACAAAUAACGACAAGAGUCUCUCAGAAUCUUGUCACGUCAAGGGCUGAUGUUAGUGUUGAGGCACUUGAAAAAUGGUUUGCGGACGUAAAAGAGUAUCUUUUGUCAAUCGAUAUGUUCAAUCAACAUCCAUCGCGUUACUUCAACUUAGACGAAAGCGCAUUCUUCCUAGUUCCUCGUGGUGACCUUGUAUUAGCUCGAAGAGGAGCGCAGACUGUGUACAAAGUUGUCAACGGAGACGAGAAAGAGAACCUGACGACUUUGUUCACCAUCAGUGGAGAUGGACGAUUGCUUCCACCCAUGGUUCUUUAUUGGUACCAGAGGAUACCUGAAAGAAUCAUGGAACGCUUACCUCCUGACUGGAUCGUAGGAACCACUGAUAGUGGGUGGAUGACAGAGUCCAUGUUCUUCAAAUAUGUGACUCAAAAGUUUUAUCCAUGGUUACUUGAGAAUUUGAUAGAAUUUCCAGUGGUAUUAUUUAUUGACGGUCAUGCCUCACACAUCAGUGUGCGCUUGGCAGAAUUUUGUAAACAGUAUAAAAUUGAGUUAGUAGCACUAUACCCGAAUGCCACACACAUUUUGCAACCCCUCGAUGUUGCAGUUUUUCAUCCAUUGAAAACUUAA